UGCGCACUGACACGGAAGUUGGUUACAUCCCACCAAGGACAGUAACUCUGUAAAUACAAAAUAAUCACAAAUACUUCCUUCUCUGCCUAACUUUUUAGUUAUCAAGCUGUAGGAGGAUGUCACAUCAAACUGGAAUAACAGGUAAAAUUUUAAUCGUUGUUGCAUUUAAAAAGGAACAUGUUUAGAGUGAUUUUCUCAAAACAUUUUAAAGUAUGCUCCCAAGCACCAUUAAAACAUGUCACAUGAGCUUGCAGCCGUUUGAACUUUUGACAACGACAACUGACAACAGUGUUAGUGUUGUCUUGUCAACUUCUCUAUUUAACUCAAUGAAAGCUAAGUACUUAAAUUUUACUAAUUAGCCGUCUACUUUAGACUACGUUCUUAGUAGGCUGCUACUAAUAUUCCCAGUACUACUACUACUACCAUUAGCGGCUAAUUUGGAGAGAUCUGCAACUACUAAAGUAAGUCAAGUUUACUAGUACCUAACUUUGAGUUUGUUAGUAGGCGUAGGGAUUACCUUUACUUAACUCUAUUUCAGUUCAGACUAAAUGGUCAGUUGUUACUGUCAGUAGUGCUAGUAGUAUUCUUUAAACUUUAAUGACAAACUGAUUAUUACAUCUUAAAGACUGGAACUACAAGAGGCAUAGAUGAUAGAGCUAAAAAGAAAAAUUAAAAUUAGGCCUAGUUACGCCUAGCUAGUUUAGUCAGUUUAGUAAAAGUAGGCCUAUUUAUUAAAAUAAGCCUAUUUAGGGUAGGUACUUCGGUAAAGCAAGGGAGACCACUUCAAAAUUUGUAUGGGAAAUGGGCGUCGGCACAGCAAAGUCCGACUUUUUAAUUUUUUAUGUGAGUGUCAAUUCAUUUAUAAAAGAGCCCUUUUGACAUAUAAUUGAGUUUCACUUCCGCUUUUUCACAAUGGAAGAUAUAUUGGCCUAAAUAAUUAAACUUUUUAUAGUUAUUGGUCUGAAAUUUUUUUAACAUUCUAUAUCAAUUAAUUUUAGUGGAAGAAACGAGCUUGAAAUUUUAUUUACUUUAUUUUUACCAGCUCACGAGUCGCAACUAAUUUUUAUUUUUACAGCAAAUGAUGACCUGAGGGCAUUUUUGGCUCAGUCAAAAGAUGGGAGUGUUCGUCUAAUUAAAAUUGCCAUUGACAAUGGUAAUAAUUAUUUCAAUAACGUCUUACCUGUGUGUUUUUUAUAAAUAUUACUUAAUGUAAACAUGUCUGAUUAUGUUGAAAUGGUGUUGAUAAUAAGAUUAAGCUAAAAAUGUAUGUUUAAAAUUUUGUCAUACAAUUUAAUAAACAUAAUAUAAAAUAUAAUAACAUAGUAUGGGGGGAUAAUUAUUACUCUUGUUGUAAUUAUUUUGAUGCCAUUGUCAUACUUGGAAAACAGUGACGUAACUACUGUGGUAGCAGUUACAGCUGAGCAUGGGGGAAAACAGUUUCUCUUGCUCUACAAUGUAAACAAAUCCUAAUAGCAAAAUUAGGAGUGUGAUAAGUUAUGUAAGGAUAUCAGACUCACUGAUUCAGAAGUGCAAUUCAAUUUAAAUGUAGUUUACAGUACUGUAUUCUAGAUCAGGGCAAAAUAACAUUUUGGUUAUUCAGUGCAAAGGUAGGAUUUAUAAUUUCUAAUCUUUUUUAAUGUCAAAUAACAUAUUUGAGGAGUGUUUAUUGAUUUUGCUCCAUGUUUUCUUUUUCAGAACAGCUUGCUUUAGCCGAUUCAAAGAAACCCAAAAAUUCAUGGGACAGUGAUAUCCUUUUCUUAAUUGUGUAAUUAUUAUUUAUGUUGUAAUGAGCAGUCAAAAGGUGAUAAAAUGAUUGAAGUUCAAAUAUUCUUUUUUAAAAAUAAGUAUCAAAUUUAUACUGAAGAUUCUUUUUAAAAAAUCUUUUAUCUACCGGUAUCAAAUAAUGCUUCGAAAAGUUACCUUUGCAGAUCAAAUCUUGUAUUUGGAGAAUGGAAACUGAAAGAAAUGUUCACAUUAUUUGUCAGUUCAGUUUGUAAAAAGUCUUUAAGGUUAUUCAUCUUGAAAUAAAAUAUAUGUACUAAACAUCUUGCUGAUGAUUACUGUUCUGUUGUAGUUGCAGGACAUGUGGCUAUUUCAGCUUAUUUAUUCUAUGAAAGGAUAAUGUCACUUCUAAACUGUAAAUUUUAACCUUGACAAGUCUAUACAUUAUGAUGAAUUAGUAGUACCCCUGCUUGAUGACAAGUGCCCAUGCUACAUCCUCUACAGAUUUGAUACUAAAAAUAGCAUGGGUUAUGAAUGGUUAUUUAUAGCCUGGUCUCCUGAUUUCGCUCCAGUAAGAAGUAGAUUUUUUAAAAUCUUUAUCUUUUAAUAAAGAGGGUGGGAAUACUCCCCAAAAAAAACCAACGGUAAUAGAAUCGUAAAAAAAAAAUCUAUAUAUUUAUGUAGUUUUUUUAUAUUUUUUUUAGUGAAGGGAAUGAGUGAUUAUAUUAUUUUAAUUUCAGAGGUUUUAAAUAAAUUUUUUUAUGAAUUGUAUGCAUUCAAAUUUAAAGACUAAUAUUUAUUGUUCUUUUUUAAAAUCCUUUUUAUUAACUUCGCUUUUGUUCAUGUAUUUGUAGAUAAAUUUUUGGAUGGCUAAUUGAUCCAUGUCCCAUCAUCCUAUCAAGCUAAAAUUUGGUACAUAGAUUUAUUGCCGAUGACAACACAUUCUUUCAAAUUUUCAGCCCCACCCCAAACAUCAAUUUUUCCCUAUUUUUUAAGGGAUGAUAAAUGACAUAUGAUUUGGUAUGGAGAUUAACUGUGUAGCUGUUGCUAUGUGCUUUCUAUUUGUGACAUAUUAGGGUUUACAUCUUUAGUACCAAAAAUCAAUUGUUAAGUAUUUACUUUUGUUUUAAAAGUGUGCUCCACAUUUACACUAAAAUUGAAUUUAUGUUCCUGUAUUUGAAAGGUCAGACAAAAAAUGUUGUAUGCUGCAACUAGGGCCACCAUGAAGUCUGAGUUUGGUGGAGGUCAGAUAAAAGAUGAACUGUUUGGCACUGUUCAGGUAGAGUUCUCGACUCAUACUUGUAGUGGCUUGUGAGCUUUCAAUUGUUUUUAUGAUGGUAUUAUUUGAAGGUGCCCCACAUUUAAAAAAAAAAAAUUAAUUUGCUGAUUAGUUUCUAAACCUGUUGAUUUCUGUUUUCUGUGCUUAAAUUUAAAUGUUGCCUCUUUCUGGUUUCUGGUGGAAACAUUUAUUUGGACUAUAUAAUAUCCAUCCAGUCCGAUGUCACUUUGAGAGGCUAUCACAAGCAUGUCCAAGCAGCUUUAGCCCCAGCUCCUCUUACAAUGGCAGAGGAGGAGCUUCAGUUCAUUAAGCAAAAUGAGGUCAGUACAACUCAUGUAACCUUAUUUCUUCAGAUGAGGUCAAGACAUUUAAUUUUGUAUACUACAAUGUUGAAUGAUCUCAAGUUAAAAUUUACAUGAAGCAUUUAAUUUUGUUGUAAUAUAUGUAAGUUAUAACCACUUCUUUUUUGUUUGUAAAGAAAAUGUUUGUCCAAAAAUAAUCUUAAUUACCCAAUUCAUACUUUUUUUUUAUGUUUUAUUUUCAAUUUCAAAAGAAGUAAAUGUAUGAUCAAAAUUUUGUCUCAAAAUGCAGAGAGAAGCUGCGAUGGCUAUGGUAAGGGUGAAUGCUGGCUUGAUUUACCCUUGUGUUUGUGGAACUUAACUUUUGAACCUGUUGUGCGAAAAACAAAAUUCUGACCCGUGUCUACUAAAAUGUAACUGAGAGCAUUGCAACAUAUUGUUUAGCGACACUAAGUGACCCAAAGAAGGGGUCAACAAAUACAGGUCUCAUCCAAAAAAUAUUACAUGGACACCUGAGCUAAUUCUUGGUUUUUGUAGACUUAGACUUAGAGACUUAGACUGCCUUGCAAAAUUAUGUACUGGCUACUGAAUUGAUUUUGGUUUGGUCUCCUUCCCUGGUCUCAGAUAUCUUAAAAUGAAUGAACACGUUUUAAUAUUUAAAUUGUGUUAGUGGUAGAAAGCUGUGAUUGUAAGAAUAUAGAUCUACAAUCAGUUAUCUCAAAAGUACAUCUAUACAAAUUUGUUUUCACAAUAGUUGGAAAAUCUGAGAUGAAAUUUAAUUGGUUUCCUCUGGCCUGCUUAUUUUUAUUUAACACAUGAACUAAAAGUAAAUUAUCCCCCCCCCCCCACCCCCCCCCCUCCCCCCAUCUUGAAAAGGAGAAUUUUGGAAUUAUUCAUCCCCAUGAUUAAUAAAAAAUGUGUUAUUGAAUUGACUUGUAGCAACUAAACCGGUUUUAUGGUUACUGUUUUAGUCUGCUCCAUUGAUUUCACUAAAAAAAAUGCAUCAUGCUGUGUUCCAAUAAUUUACUGAAAAUACUUUGAAGUCCAUAGAACUAACAACUUUGGUGAAUCUUUUUUUUUUUUUUUGGAGUUAUUUUUUACAUUUUGCAUAGUUUUAACUUUUUAAAAUAAUAAAAAACAAUUAUUUGCAAAUAAGGGGAAAUAUUUUUGUAUCUUAACAAUCAUCACUGUGGGAAUCAAAAUAAACUUAGUAAAAGUCAAGAGAAAUAAAUACCUCAGUCAUUCACCUGUUAAUUAGUGAUGAUGCAUGAGCCAGACAUCCUUAUUGCAUACUCCAAUUAUCAUUUCUCGUCCCUGGGAUGAGAUUGGCAUAUUUUAAUUGAUACAUUUAAAAUAUGGUAAAAAUAAAUGCAUGAAAUCUCUUAUUGCAGGUGAAUGCUCAUAUCAAUGUUGAAACAAAGUCACAAACUAUGAAAGGAGUUGGCUUUCCCCUGACCCCAGAUGCAGAGACAGCUGUUCUGUCAUUUAGAGACGGAGCUUUCAACUAUGUACAGUUAGUGAGUACCACAAAUUCAUUUAAUUUUUUUUUAUCAUAAACUCAGCUAGUAAAGCUUAAACUUAAACACUUCUCAAGGAAAAACUUAAUUUUGUAUUGUGCUGCUAAAUGUUUGGUGUAAAAGUCAUUCAAAAAAAUUACUUCAGUGUUCAGUAAAUAUACAUUUUUAAAUAUGUUUGACUGAAAUCACAUGGAGAGAAGCAUUUAUUGAUUUUGUCCCAUUCCCUUUUGGCAGAGCCUUGACCUGGAAAAGGAAGUAGUCAAUUUAUCAGCCACAGACAACAUUCAUAUCAGCCAUCUGAUCUCACAUGUGCCUACAGAAAGUGCCCGCUACCAUCUCUUCAACUUCCAACACACACAUGAGGGAGAUUCCAUAGAAAGUAUAGGUAUGUAAACUAAUACUACCGCACUUCCAACACACGCAUGAGGGAGAUUCCAUAGAAAUUAUAGGUAUGUGAACUAACACUAUCUCCAUUAACUCUCCCGAGGUUUAAAAUAUCAGCACUUGCUUCUGCCGUUCACUGGUUUCUUUUGUAAGAUUUUGCUCACUUUACUCUUGCUGAUGAUGAGCACUAUUCCUUUGUGUUGGUAGUUUUCUUGUCUUACCAACCAGAUGACCAGUUUUUUUUUCCAGUCCAUCUUUUUAACCCAGAAGCUCCAGUUGUAGAGUUUCAGUCCAUGCACAGCUUGUGACAGCUUUCUAAUAGAAUGCCGAUGUGCAAACAUGCAAGUAUCCAACUCUGAACCGUGAUUUUUUUGCCGUAAGAUUUGCUGCUGCGCUGCAGCUUUGGUGUCUGCUCUUCUGAAGUCCAACAACCUGGUUGGUUUCAUGGCCAAAAAGUGUCGCCAUUUUCCUUUGCUGUCGUUUCUUUAGCAGGAGUGUUUUUACUGUAUGGGAGCGCCUAAAAUUGUUUUCAAAUGAUUUACUAUCAGUAGAAAUAUGUUGUGAUUUGAAUGCAACUGUCCUCUCCCAAAGCCCUUCACUUAAACCGCGACCACCAAUAUGGUAUUUUGUAAGGAAUAGACGUGACUUUGUAGUAACCUCAAAGUUGAGUAUGAGACUGUUGAGCAUUAGCACAGGCCCUUAUUUAGGUGCCUAUGUUGCUAAUACUUAUAGGGCCUAGUCCACUGCUCUGUGAUUGACCUAUAUCUUUCUCAUGUCAUUUAUUUUGGUUUCCUUUUAGAUCUGCUUUUUUAAAAUUAUUUGUGACUUUGAUGCUGCAAACGUCUGAUAGUUGCCACAAAAAAAAAAAAGAAAAAAAAACACUAAAAUAAAACUGUUUGUUUCUUCUUUCUCAUGUCAUUUAUUUUGGUUUCCUUUUAGAUCUGCUUUUUUAAAAUUAUUUGUGACUUUGAUGCUGCAAACGUCUGAUAGUUGCCACAAAAAAAAAAAAAAAAAAUCACCUGAAAAUGAACCUGUUUGUUUCUCUUCACAAAUUUAUUUGAUGAAGAUCUGGGUCUUUUUCAGUUUAAAUGAUCACUAAGACUGCUUCUCUUAUUGCUUCCAGUGUUUAUUUAUUCAAUGCCUGGCUACAAGUGUUCUAUAAGAGAAAGGAUGUUGUACUCGAGCUGUAAGAAUCCCCUUGUGGAUCAGUUGGCUAAGCUUGGCAUAGAGAUUGAGAAGAAAGUGAGUACUGGGCUACACGCUGGAUAAUAAAUGCUAUAAUAUUCUGUUUAUAUUCUAAAAUAUUAUAUUUAUAAAUAGUAAACAUUAAUAUUUUUUAUUUGGCUCCAUAAAAAUCUGUUAAACUAUAAAAAAAAGAAAAAAAUUGUUUAGGAAUGCACUAAUGCAUCCGCCAUAGUUUGUUAUAUUUUCCUGUGCGCACUCAUUUUGGCUUUGUCACAAAAUUUCAUGUCUCAUGUUUUUGACCUCAGAUCGAAGUAGAUGACCCAUCUGAGUUAAAAGAGGAGUAUGUUUACGAUGAGAUCCACCCAAAGAAAAAUGUGGCCAGGCAAGCCUUCGCCAAGCCAAAAGGGCCUGCAGGCAGGGGUCCUAAACGAAUGACCAAACCAGAGAAUUAAAAAAAAAAAUACAUGCUCAAAUUUUAGGCAUUUGUUGAUGGAUUUCCAUAGGGCUACAUUACUAAGUACUUUAAAUUUUUAAUUUUAAAAAACAAAACUGUCCUUUAUAAUGUAACAACACAAGUUACUGACCUACAUUAUGUUACAAAUGGUAUGAUACAACACAAGUAACGCUAAAGAAAACGCCUGCCAGGGUUAAUUAAUUAAAAGACAUUAUGUAAAUUAUUUUAGCGUGGUUGUUUUUUGGUGUUGUGUGAUAUUUUCUGUUAGUUUUGAGACAAUAAUUUUAUUGCCGCUAGAAUUUUCUGUCCGGUUGGAACAAGCUGUUUUCUACAUCUCCAAAUAGUAUUUACAACCCCUACAGUCAUUCAUCAUCAUCACAUGAAAUGUUUGAUCCAUUCUUAACAAGUUGUGACAUGCUAGGUACAUUGUGGUUUUAGUUUUUCUAGAAUUUAUUUUCAUAUGAGUAUUUAGGUUUCCUUGGAAGAAAUCUGCAAGUACAAUUUAGUUUCAGAGCUACUUUUUUAUAUUUAUCUCUUAAAUUUUCAUUUAUUUGAAAUCCUUAAUUUUUACCAUCUUUAAUGUAUUUCCAUUUGUGUUCAAUGCUUGGGUGGCCGUGACAAGUUGAAGUUAACUUUUUAAAAAUUUUAUAUCAUAGUCUGUUUUUAGGUGAUGAUUUCAAUAAAACAAGAUGCCCAUUGUCUACUCAGGUGUUCACAUAACACAUUACCUUCCUUGCAAGUGAGAAAUUUACCUGGGUUGUAGAUAUUUUUAUGGAUUCAUUUGUUAAAAUUUCCCUUUAUAUUUCUGCACGCCAGGUUUCUCUGCAUAUACAAAUAGUGCUAUUUAUAGUUGCGGACCUUUGCCUACACAUACUACUUCCCAAUUUACUUAUUCACCUGUUAACAAAAAUUGGAAGUGGGAUAUAGAAUAUGAUGACAGUCAUUUCCCCUCCCCACCCCCCUUAUUUCCCCCAUUCAACCCCCUCAUUAUCUAAAUAUUAUAGAAUAAAAACUUGAAGAACUAACUAUAAUAAAUAGAUUUAUAUUGCAGUAUUUCAAAAGAAAUUUGUUGGAAUUUAUCUUGUUGUUUUGGCUUCAAACAAGUCAACUUAAAGCUAUCAGACUUGAGCGUACUAACAGUAGCAAACACAUUUUUUGUUGUGUGAAAUGUAAACAUUGGAUAAAAUCUAGAGCGUAGUAUUAUUGAAGUGAACAGCUUGGAAGAAUGAGAGAUGUACAUUCCUCUGCCAUCAUUUUGUUUGCUUCCGGUAUUUUUAUUCUUUCAUUUUCACACUAUCACCACCAUGAAAUUGGGUUAUGCAACACCAAAAAUUAAGUUCCAAUCUUUUUUUAUAUUCUUUUAAAGCUAAGUUGUAGGAUCAGCUGUGGUGCAUAGAAAUUGCUUUUAAAACCUAAGAUUCUUUUAUCAGUCAUCUUUUUUCUUUGUAAAAGGAUGAAUCGUAUGUUAAAUAAUUUUUUUAUUUCCCAAAAUCAUAUGGUCCUUAUGGCAAGUGUUUUUGCAUCAUGUGAUUAUUUGAUUCAUACCUGAUAUUUGUACAACUUUUCGUCUUUCAAUUUUAUGAUGUGGGUGCAUCAUUCCCUAUCAGUUUCACUGUUUGGAUACAUACUCAAAUCUAUAUUUAGCAUAGUUUUAGAUGGGAUUAGUUCUUUUACCUGGUCACUUUAUGACAAUAGUGAUAUUCAAAAGAAAAUUUUACAAUUGCAAGGUUUCAUUAAGGUACAUUACGACUCAUACUUAAUUAUAGCUGUCGUGCUUUGUCAAUUUAAAAUGUGUCAAGUGGAUUGUUUAGUUAGCAUUUCAAGCAGUAAAUUAUACAUUAUAUUCAAACAUUCAUCAGCUUUGCCUCCUCCCUCUCAAAACAUUAAAAUUUUGCUAGCAUGCUAUCUCUCUCUGUUAUUCUUAUAAAAUCUUGAUAAUUUAAAUUGACUAGGCUUACCAGAAAAAUGUCAAAGCUCAGUUUGGAAGUGGCAUGUUAUUUGAUUAAAGAUUAAUGAAUACUGGCCAUGAACUCUGUCCUCAUAUUAAAUGAGACCUAGUAACCCUGGAUGUUAUAUUAAUUAUAAAAUAUAUUUAUACAUACAAAAAAAAUGAAGUGAACGAAAAUGAAGUAUAUAUUUUUUUCCCCCAAAUAUACCACACACAAAAAAAUAUUCUGAUAGACUGUGUCUCUCUCACUUCUUACAUGUAUUGGUAGAUUUUUAAACACUUUGUUGAGAUGUUGAUUACAGUGAUUGAAAAUAUCUUUUCCAACAAUUAAAAAAAUAUAUAUUUAUCCUGUUGUUUUGUUGUUUUUUUUAAAGAUUUUCAAAAUUGAUACAAGAUACUUUUAUUGCAUUCAAACAUCACUAAUAAAAAUACAUUAAUUACAGGCACACAGUUUACAUAUUUCAAUAACACACAAGAGACUAUUCAAAAUUAAAUGUUUCACUGUAGAAUUUUAUUAAAAUUUUUAAAAAAACUUAAAAGAAUAUUUUCUCCUUGUAUGAGUUAUUCUAUAACUGUGUAGUACAUUUCAAAAUAAAAAUAGAACAGAAUUAUGUGAUACAUCCCACAUCCCAUGGGCAUGAAAUUAGAACUUUUAACAACUUUUAAAAUUGUGAAGAUAAUUCAGCUGCGGCUAUAAAACAUUUGUGUGUGUUUUUUAGGCUUAGGUACAAGGACCAAGAUAUCAAGACUUGCGCGCACAAAGCCCUUAGUAACGAAGAUAAAAAUCACUACCCUGUGGGCCUGUAACAUCAAAUAACAGAAAAAUUUACUAUCAUUAAAAUAGAAUUAUAGUAUUCUAAAGCUCACAUUUCAGUGCUAAUGCUGAGCUAGGCAUGUUUUGAUCUUAAUCGGCAAUCAUAGGCAAAAUAUGAUUAAUUGUGUACAAAAUUUAAUCAGUGGCUAAAAAAAAUUGAUUCAUAUGAACUAUUACAAUUAGCAAACUCUCCACAGCAGUUUUCAUAAAAAUUAAAUUACAUGACUUUCUACACUAUUAAUACAAAGAUAUAUAUAAUAUCUUUAAAAAACCUAGCACCAGAUAAUGGUGUAGCAGUGGGGAAACAAAAGUGAAUAGUAUAAAAAAUAUUUAUUUAUAAGGUAAAUAUUUAUUAUGAACUGCAAGACUAUUUUCUAGAAUUAACUUUUUUUUUUUGCACCAAUGUCUUUAUAAUUUAAAGCAGUCCUAUGAUAAAUACAGUUAUCUCCCCUUAAUGUGAACCACUAUUGGAUUACAGUUUUACUUGUUUCUGAAUAUAAAUUUACAGCACUGUGGCUAUCCGCUAAAACAUCACAUUUUAAUAACACUAGCUACCUUACAUAAGCCAGACUAAAACCAUGCUGUCAUAACUGCUGCGCACUUAAAGGCAAAAAAAAAAAAAAAAAACAAACAAAGAAAAAAACUACAAAAAAAUAAAAAAAAAAAAAAAAAAAAAAAAAAAAAAAAAAAAAAAAAAAAAAAAACAAAAAAAAAUAUCACAUUUUAAUAACACUAGCUACCUUACAUAAGCCAAACUAAAACCAUGCUGUCAUAACUGCUGCGCACUUAAAGGAAAAAAAAAAAAAAAAGCUACUCAUGUAAAACACUGCAAUGAAUUUUAUAAAUAAUUUAAAUGUCACCUAGCACAGAGCAAUAACAAAAAGAUCCACACAGAACUAUAGGGAAAGAUCUGCAGCCAAAGGACAUCCUCAAGCAUCAGUUAGUGCAUGAGGUCUGAAUGAAUUAAUGCAUAUGGAAAAAUCUCAUUGAUCAGACAUAGAAUAUUGCCCAUUCAAAAGGAAAUUUUCAUUUAUAUCUGAAUCUUUUAGAGGCAAUUUUUAUAUUGGUCCCUUCCAGGAAAACAUUUUUUUUAAAGCAUUCUAUAAAAAAUAAAAAUGACAAUGGGAAAAAUUUGAAUGGUAAAUAUAGCUUUCACCACCUGGUACAGUACACUAUGUGAAUGCAUUUUGAAGAAGUUUUAGGUUUUUUGGGUGUAAAAUAAAAACAUUCGCUGCUAAAAAAAAUAAAUAAUGAAGAAAUUCUUUUUAAUGAGCACUUUUGUUUUGAUGUAAUACUGAGAAAAAAAUAUGUUUUUAACUAACUAACCUUUUACAAAAUUUCGAAUUAUAACAAAACAUUACAAGUGAUAGUUGAUGAAUAGUUUUCAAGCCCUCAUAAAGUCAGUAUAUUAUAUCAAUAUAUUAAUCAGUUGACACAUGCUGUUAGUAUUUUAUCAAUUUGUUGACCUUUAAAAACAGUAUAACAGGGCUAGGCUAUGUUCUUAGACGCUCUUACCCUUUAUUUUAAAAGAGGCUCAACAUUUUAAAAAUGAAAAAAGUAAAGAUUGUGAAGAAUUGGAAAGCAACUGUCCAAUGCACUUCACAAUGUAGAAUUGAUUUUAUAUCAUGUUAUAAAGUCAAAUCUACUUCUUGUAAAAUCCAUAUUGCUUUGUUAAAAUUUAAAAAAGACAUC